AUGUCCACUUCAAACAGACCCAAAGUUUUGAGAUUAGGCAAAAUAGAAUUUGCCCAAGAAAAAUGGGACGAAGUUGCUGAAAUUGCUGAUGUCAUUGAUUGUGAAUCACAGAACCGUGAAGAGUUUAUUAAAGACUUGCAGACAAAAUAUAGUGAUAUCACUAACAUUGCUAGAACAUAUGCAUCUGUUGAACAAACUGGUAGAUUUGAUGCUGAAUUGGCUCAAUACAUGCCCAAAACCUUGGUUUCUCUCAGUCACAAUGGUGCUGGUUACGAUCAAAUCGACGUCCAACCUUUUACUGACAGGGACAUUCAAGUUUCCAACGUCACUGUUCCAGUUGAGGGUCCAACUGCUGUUACUGCUGUAUUUUUGGUGUUGUCAUGUUUGAGAAACUAUCAAGAAGGACACCGGAUUUUGUACGAUGGUGGUUGGGAUAGCAAAAAAUGUGGAGGUGCUAAAUUGGGCCAUAGUCCAGAAGGUAAAGUUGUUGGUAUAUUGGGUAUGGGAGGAAUUGGUAGAGCUAUCAGAGAUAGAUUGAAGCCAUUUGGGUUUACCAAAAUACUUUAUCACAACCGUAAACCACUUGGUUCUGACUUGGAAGGUGGUGCUGAAUACGCUUCAAAGGAAGAAUUGUUCAAACAAGCCGAUAUUAUUUGUAUCAGUGUUCCAUUAAACGCUCACACAAAACACUCCAUCAACAAGGAGGCUAUUGGUCAAAUGAAAGAUGGUGUCAUAAUAGUAAACACUGCUAGAGGUGCUGUUAUUGAUGAAAAAGAGCUCCCUGAGUUGCUCAAAUCAGGAAAGAUUGGUGCAUUUGGUGCUGAUGUGUUUGAAAAUGAACCAGAAGUGUCGCCUGAAUUGUAUAAAUUGCCAAAUGUUGUCAGUUUGCCACACAUGGGUACCCACACCUAUGAAGCUAUCAAGGAUAUGGAAGAUUGGGUUGCUGAAAAUGUGGUGUCAUGUUUAAAAACUGGUAAAGUGAAAACCAUUGUUCCAGAACAAUACAACAUGGAAAUAAAACAGGGCCCAUUAGUUUAA